GCGGGGGCGGCGCCGCGGCGAGGCGGCGGCUGCCGCUCGGGGACCACUGGCAGCGGCGGCAGCUCGCGCCCGCGCCUCUCGCACCCGAGGCGGCCCCCAGCGAGCGACCCCCGCCCCGCGGCGCAGGCCGGGCCCGAACCCUCCUGGCGCGGCGUCUCCACCCAGGCCGCCAACCACCUCCGAAGAGCCAUGUUCCAGGCUGCCGGAGCCGCCCAGGCCACCCCCUCUCAUGAAGCCAAAGGCAGCAGUGGCAGCAGCUCGGUGCAGCGCUCCAAGUCCUUUAGCUUGCGGGCUCAGGUGAAGGAGACCUGUGCAGCCUGCCAGAAGACUGUGUACCCUAUGGAGCGGCUGGUGGCAGACAAGCUUAUUUUCCACAACUCUUGCUUCUGUUGCAAACACUGCCACACCAAACUCAGCUUGGGCAGUUAUGCUGCACUGCACGGUGAAUUUUACUGCAAACCUCACUUUCAACAGCUGUUUAAGAGCAAAGGCAACUACGAUGAGGGGUUUGGCCGUAAACAGCACAAGGAGCUCUGGGCCCACAAGGAGGUGGACUCAGGCACCAAGACAGCCUGAGAUCCCUCUAACAUCUGUUCCCUCCCCGUACAUGAUCUACAGCUGGCCAGUGGCAAGGAGGUUGAUCUGGGCUUGUGAGGGGAGCGGGGUGGGAAGGGAUGAGGCUCCCUCAGACAAGUUUCAGGCACAGGGCUCUGCUCCAGGAUUCCUUAACUUUUCCCAUAGGAGGUGGAGGUUUGGGAACCAGAAUUGGAUUUUCACCAUACUGCUUCCUUCAGACCAUCUCAUCUCACCCCAUGGCCCCCUGGGAGGCCCACAAGCCCAGCGUCCCUAUUUAGGUGCCUUUUCUCCAGCAAGGAGUCAGCAUGCCCUCCUCAGGGUCCCAAGCUCCCACACUGCCACCUGGGCCUUGUGCACCCCUACGUCUCCCCAUCUACCUCUGCCCUUAGCCUGGUUCUGAGCCACAGACUGGAGGAGGGAGAGCGCCAUCUGCUGGGCCUCAUAUACACCACCUCAUUGGUGGAGGAGGGGGGCCGGGGGAGAGGCAAGACCCCCCCACAGCCUUGGGAUCUGGGGGCCCCUUGAACCACAAAGCUAAAGCAAAGCUCUUGCUGGAGCCUCAGCUAACAGGGUCGGCAGUAGCUUUGCUCCCCUUCCUCUCCAUUGUUAAUGCUUUUCUGACUGUUGUGACCAACCCUGUUUUAAACAUGUUUAAACAGA